AUAAAUUUUAAACUCCAAUACUACAUAGAAGACAGAGAAUCCGAAAAAGCGAAAACUCUUCUAAAGGCACAGUUGAGAAAAUAAAGAAUUCACGAGAAAAAAUGGAAGAAUCACCGUCAGCUGCAGCAGGAGAUCAGAGAGAUGAAUCAACGGAACAGGAAGUUACGAUCAGGGAACGGGAUAUGGAUCAAACGUCCACGUGUCCAGAAACUGAAACGGAAGACUGUGGACUCGACGGUAGCGAAUCGAAACUGCCGUUGAACAAAAGCGACAUCUUGAAAGCAAUAGAGGUAGUUGAGAGAGACUCUCUGGCUAUCGCCGACAGCUUCUCUUCUCUCUUUACUUCGCUUCGUUUGGCUCUUUCUGAGGUUACUAGCGGCUCAGUUGAUCAUAUGCGUUGCUUUGGUGAUGCUGCGGGGCGCCUUCAAGAAUCUGCACUUGAUGCGGCAACAAAGGGAAAUCGGUAUAUAAAUUCAUGUCUCAGAUUAAAUGAGGAAAUGAGGGGCAUUGACAGUCUAGCUACACAGCUAAAAAUUCUGAGAAGGAAUGUAGAUGCCCUAGACACGGCUGUAAACAAGCUCGUACGACUUCCAUGACUCAUGAGGAUGAAGUGCUUAACUUAAGAAAUCAAUGGUUUUCGUACUAUGCGUCUGUAUAGACCUGUUUUUUUCUCUGAAAUAUUGGAGUGCUUAAUCUUAGUAAAAUUCUGUUUCAAACUGAAAAAACUCAAUUGUAGCGGUAUAUUUGCUUGUCAGAAGUAAAGCACAAACUAGUCCAGAAAAUUUACAUUUUUCUGGCUGGAGAGUGAUGAUAUCAAUUUGAGGAAAUUUUCUGCACUAGAGCUCUGGAUAACAGGUUUAAUGGACAUAAUCCUUGUGGUCAGGUAACAAAAAUGGGCUGUCUGUUGAAUCAAAAAAAAAAGGGGGGGGGGGGGGGCAGUCUGACUGGCUCGCUGGCUCCCCUUUUGUCUUUGAAGGCUAGGUGGUUGAUUUUAAACUUGAAGAGCAAAGUUCGAGGGCUAGUAAGGGAAUGAAAGCAAAAAAAUUUGGGCUUUCUGGAUUGUUUAGUGUAACCUGGUUCACCUUGAUACAGUGGACUGCCUUUUCUAGUUUUGCGUCUGUCAAUGCCUUGGGCCUGCUGGGUUUAGGACUUGUGAAAAACAAAAAAAAUAGCCUGCAUGUCUUUGAUGCUUAAUCUUUGA